CAGAAUCUUUAAAACUAAGCCCUAAUUGCUUUUCUAAAAUAAGAAGCCAAACUUGGAAAGUGUUCAUAUAAAAUAUCUAAUGUGAUCACCCAAAUCAUUAUCUUUUACCUUGUCUUUUCCUUAAUUUUGCUGGCUGCCUACAUCUUAUUUCGUUUAGUAGCCUGGGGGAUGUAGAUGAUUCUAAUAAUUACAGUUUUUCUCAGUGCUUUGGUCUUGUUGUGUGUUUUCUUUUGGGCAUCUCUGUUUCAAGCUGAAGCAUAAUUAGACAAGAGAAGGGUUACAGUGCAAGGGGUCAUGGGAGCGUGUUAUGAAAAUAUGUUCUUACCAUUAAAUGAUAAUUUAAAUCUGGUUUUUAAUGAUUAUCUUGAGAUUACUUCAUCCUCUACUUUUGCUUUCUUGCUCAAACAGUCAAACUCCCGGAUACCUUCUUUGAUUGGACCUGGAAAUAAUUCUAAGGCUGCCCCCAAAAAGAUUUCUGUUGGUCAAAAGAAGCCACCUGAUGCACUUGGUUCUUCUCCACCUCCAUCAAGUAAGAAGCAAAAAGUGUCUGGAGACUUUCUGGAUCAAAGCAUUGAACAACUCAAUGAUGUUACUGCCGUAAGCGGAGUUAAUAUCAGGGAGGAGGAAGAACAACUAUUUUCUGGCUCCAAGGAAGAGUUUCGGGAUUUGGAGGCAUCUAGACGGGUUGUUCAAGAAGAAGAAGAAAGACUGAUGCUGCAUAAGAUUCCACUCGAGAAGAAACUAACAGAAAUCAUGGCUAAGUGUGGUUUAAAGAAUAUAAGCAAUGACGUGGAGCGAUGCUUGUCCUUGGUGAGCCUUUAAUGUGCCUAUACUCUAAUUAUGACUUCUCAUACUUUUUCUAGGAACCAUAUUGGAGUAAUUUUUGGACAGUCAAGGGAGAUUUUAGAGCUUCAAAAUCUUUU